AAGUCAACAACUCUAGCUACAACAGCUGUUGGGUACAAUUUUACUGAAAUUUUAAAAGAAAUUUAUGAAGUUGGUUUUUUUUCAUGCUCUUCCGAAUACGUUGCUAUAUAAUACACCAAACCGAAUGCCGAUUUGCCCGAUCAGCUGUUCCCUCCCGCAACGAAAUCGGCCGCUGUCAAAGAAACGUCAAAACAGUCGCGGGUCGGACGAAAAGUGCAGAAAAAAUAAAAUGAGGUGCAUAAAUAAUCGCAAAAGACAUUGAGAACGAGCGCUUAACAAACAAAACAGAAACCCGCAUAUGUGCACAACGGCUGUCCAGACCUAGGAGCAAUGGGCGAUAAAGCAGAGCCAACCACCCCUGCCCCGUCCCCAACGGAGGAAGGACUAGCAUCAUCUGUCGGCAAUGCUGGAGCCCCCGGCAACAGCACAAAUGCAAAGAUCCUGAUCAUUGGGGCAGGAAUGGCCGGCCUCUCGGCGGCCAACCAUCUUCUGCAAAACGGCUGUGACGACUUCCUUAUUGUUGAGGCGCGCAGUCGGGUGGGUGGGCGCAUUGUGUCCAUACCACUCAGCAAUAAUCAAAAGAUCGAGCUGGGCGCCAACUGGAUACACGGCGUCCUGGGUAACCCGAUAUUUGAAUUGGCAAUGCAGCAUGGUCUAGUCAGCGUGGUGAAUGUACCAAAGCCUCACAAAGUCGUGGCCACCACCGAAGAUGGGCAUCAAGUUCCUUUCAGCAUACUGCAGGAGAUCUAUGAGGCAUACGUGUGCUUUCUACGGCGCUGCGACGAGUAUUUCCUGUGCCAGUACAGCCCCCCGCCGGACAUACAUAGCGUGGGCGAGCACAUAAACUACGAGAUCGAGAUCUAUCUAAGCUCGGUGCAGGACCCGAAGGAGAAGCGCCUCAAGCAAUCCAUAUUCAACUGUCUUCUCAAGCGAGAGACCUGCAUCACGGGCUGCAACAACAUGAACGAAGUGGAUCUCCUCGAACUGGGCAGCUACACUGAGCUACAGGGCGGCAACAUAGUUCUGCCCUCUGGCUACAGCUCCAUACUGCGACCGCUGAGUGGCCAGAUACCGCAGCAGUCCAUUUUGACCAAGUGCCCAGUGAAAAGGAUUCACUGGAAGCGGAAAAAGACAUUCACAGGCCUGGAAACCGUCGACGAACACUCGGAGAACGAGGACUCGGACGAUUCGGAGAAAACCGUCACAGAAGUACCCACAGCGGCUGGUGCCCUGCGGGGAGCCUCCGUCGAGUCGAACUCCAGCAGCAAUUGUGAUUAUCCCACGGGCAAUGUGCGCGUGGACUGCGAGGACGGACGCGUCUUUCACGCCGCUCAUGUGAUAUGCACAAUACCGCUGGGCGUGCUCAAGCACACGCACAAGACCCUUUUCGAUCCGGAACUGCCGCAGUUCAAGCAGGAAUCGAUUGAGAAUCUCAUGUUCGGGACUGUGGACAAGAUAUACCUGGAGUAUGAGAGGCCGUUCCUUAGUGCGGACAUAUCGGAGGUGAUGCUGCUGUGGGAUGAUGACAAGCGUGACAUGCACACCUCCACUGAGGAGGAGCUGGCCAGCGAGGCCUAUCUUAGCAAGAAUUGGUUCAAGAAAAUCUACUCCUUUGCCAAGAUGACGGACACGCUGCUCCUGGGAUGGGUUUCUGGGCGCGAGGCCGAGUAUAUGGAGACUCUCUCUCACGAGGCUGUGGCGGAAAAGUGUACUGAGAUCCUGAGAAGCUUCCUGCAAGAUCCGUAUGUCCCGAAACCCAAGCGCUGCGUGUGUACCAGCUGGAAAUCGCAGGACUUUACUGGAGGGGCCUAUACCUCCAUACCUGUGGGAGCCACCCAGGAAGAUAUUGAAAACCUGGCCCAGCCCCUGUAUGCAACGCCGCAGGCCAUGAAGCCCGCCAUCGUGUUUGCUGGAGAGCACACGCAUUCCAGCUUCUACUCCACCGUGCACGGUGCCUACUUGAGUGGACGGACAGCGGCACAGUAUCUACUGGCGAAUGAUGAGCCCGAUGAGAUUAUAAUGGAGUCUGACGGCAGCGACCUCAGCGCCUGGAUUCAAGGCAUCGCCCUGGACUGAGAACAUCAUAGACAACAAAUCGAUAUUGUAUUAUAAUUUAUAUUUAUUUAUUUAUGUUACCGAUUAACUUUUACAAUUCUUGAAUGCUUUUUAGCUAGUGAUAUUCCAUUUUUCCGUUUAACAUUUUUCGCACUGUAUGUAGUGUUUUUAGCGUAUUUUUGUACGUCCUCAUUGAGCAUUUGUUAUAUUAUAUGAUUGUUUUAUGAUGCAAUUUUGUUUAUAAUUUAUAUGGAACCCGCUUGUACAAUACUAUAAAUAAAUUUUAUAAUAUAGCUGAGCUGAUCAAUGUGCGGCCAACACCAACCAAGCAACCAACAGACCGUGCACUCCAAGCAGCUUUCACUGUACUUGAACGAAGCACGAAUACAAAUAUGUGUGCACAAACAUAAAGUUAUUUAGAAAUAAUUACCGAAUUAUUCAUAAGUAGAACUACUUACUACAUACAUACAUACUAUAUAAAAUGCCUAUUUUUGUAAACUCAUAUUAAGAUAUCAAAGAUUCGCUUUAAGUUAGGAUUGGACCAGGUGGCCGCCCGCCACCGGAAAUCAUGCAUGAGCAAUGACUCCAGGAACACCGAUGGCCACAAGUGUAAAUUCAAUGUAACUAUUGUUAAUGUUAACUACGUUGCUAGCUCAUUUGUGCAAUAGUUUAAACGCAUACCUAGUAUACAUAGUUGAUAUUGAAAAAUCCGUUUGUUUGUAUCUUCAAAUGAUCAAUGUUUCGACCUGUUCGCAUAAAGUGAAUAAAGAACACGCUAAAUUAUUAUAUACACAAACUUAUUUCUUUACCCUUGCUUAGUUUUUUAUAUCAAAAUCAGUUGAAAUUUGACUUUCUGAGCUACAGCUUUGGCAAAAUUCUGGUUUAUUCUAAAAAAAAAUAGGUGAA